CUUUAUAAAGCCAGGCCAUCAGUUCCAGUCUUGUCUUUUCCAAAAAGGACUGAAGCCAGUCUUGCAAAGAGGUUGUGGUGGCCAUACAGUUGGAUACCUGGAACUCUUAGCUCUGCAGGAUGCCAGGACACCAAAGGCUGGAAGCCUUAGCCUUGCCUUGUCAGGAAAAAUCUGUGGAAGCUGGUCUGUAUUAAACAGUGGUUACAGGGACCAGGUUUGUGCCAAAUCGAGGAAAUGCAGCUGCCAAAUCUUGAAUAUAAACCUUAAAACCUCACAAACAUCAAGCUCCAGAAGAGUCUCCAAGUCCUAGAACUCCUAGAAUACUGUUGGCUUCAGGAAAACUGGUCACUUCAGAGCCCAAUGCUAAGGACCCCUAUUUUCCAACUUUGUGAUCUUAAGGAAGCUGCACCUCCAUUUUGCCCAUCGGUCUAAUAGCAAUACAAUCAUGAUGAGAUGGAGCUUGAAGGCUCCCAGCAACUUCUCCUGACUCUGCCUUCAAACGAGAAUUGGAAGGCAGCCACGUCUCAGUAGCUCCUCUGCCAUUAUCCAGCCUGCCUCUGACAAGAACCCAAUGCCCAACCCCAGGCCAGCCAAGCCUAUGGCUCCUUCCUUGGCCCUUGGCCCAUCUCCAGGAGUCUUGCCAAGCUGGAAGACUGUACCCAAGGGCUCAGAACUCCUAGGGACCAGGGGUCCUGGGGGACCCUUCCAAGGCCGGGACCUGCGAAGUGGGGCCCACACCUCUUCCUCCUUGAACCCCCUGCCUCCAUCACAGCUGCAGCUGCCUACAGUGCCGCUAGUCAUGGUGGCACCGUCUGGGACCCGACUAGGUCCCUCACCCCAUCUGCAGGCACUUCUCCAGGACAGACCACACUUCAUGCAUCAGCUCUCCACUGUGGAUGCCCAUGCCCAGACCCCUGUGCUACAAGUGCGUCCACUGGACAACCCAGCCAUGAUCAGCCUCCCACCGCCUUCUGCUACCACUGGGGUCUUCUCCCUCAAGGCCCGGCCUGGCCUGCCACCUGGAAUCAAUGUGGCCAGUCUGGAAUGGGUGUCCAGGGAGCCAGCUCUACUCUGCACCUUCCCUCGCUCGGGUACACCCAGGAAAGACAGCAACCUUUUGGCUGCACCACAAGGAUCCUACCCACUGCUAGCAAAUGGAGUCUGCAAGUGGCCUGGUUGUGAGAAGGUCUUCGAGGAGCCAGAAGAGUUUCUCAAGCACUGCCAAGCAGAUCACCUCCUGGAUGAGAAGGGCAAGGCCCAGUGCCUCCUCCAGAGAGAAGUGGUGCAGUCUCUGGAGCAGCAGCUGGAGCUAGAAAAGGAGAAGCUGGGAGCUAUGCAGGCCCACCUGGCUGGGAAGAUGGCACUGGCAAAGGCUCCAUCUGUGGCCUCAAUGGACAAGAGCUCUUGCUGCAUUGUAGCCACCAGCACCCAGGGCAGCGUUCUCCCGGCCUGGUCUGCUCCCAGGGAGGCUUCAGACAGCCUGUUUGCAGUGCGGAGGCACCUCUGGGGAAGCCAUGGAAACAGCACCUUUCCAGAGUUCCUCCACAACAUGGACUACUUCAAGUACCAUAACAUGCGACCCCCUUUCACCUAUGCCACCCUUAUCCGAUGGGCCAUCCUGGAAGCUCCAGAGAGGCAGAGGACACUCAAUGAAAUCUACCAUUGGUUCACUCGCAUGUUCGCCUACUUCAGAAACCACCCUGCCACCUGGAAGAAUGCCAUCCGCCACAACCUGAGCCUGCACAAGUGCUUUGUACGAGUGGAAAGUGAGAAGGGAGCAGUGUGGACCGUAGAUGAAUUUGAGUUCCGCAAGAAGAGGAGCCAACGCCCCAGCAAGUGCUCCAACCCCUGCCCUUGACCUCAAAAGAAAAGGUGGACGGGGGCUAAAACCAUGAGACUGAGGCUGUGGGGGCAAGGAGGCAAGUCCUAGACAUACCUAUGGAGACCGGGCAAUGAUGUUUCUGCCGUCUUGCCUAUCAGGGCCUCUCUGCUCCCUAUCUAGCUGCCCUCCUGGAUUUUAUCACCUGCCUUAAGGCUGAGAGGGGCGCCAAUCCCAGCCUAGCCCCUAGCCCCAACCUAUCCCCAAGAUGAGCUUUCCAGCCAAACAGCCCUCACAACCAGCUACACAUAUCUGCCUUGGCCACUGCCAAGCAGAAAGGUGACAAGACACCAUAAUAAUACUUACUCAACCCAAACCCUAAAACACGAAGAGCUUGCCUUGGUACAUUCGUGGGCUCUCAAAGUUAUAGUCAUGCAGUCGCACAUGAUUGCAAUCCUACUGACUCAUACCCCAAAGCACUCACCCACAACAUCUGGAACCAUGGGCACUAUCAGGUGUAUAUGCAGACCCUUACACAGCAAAGGCACUGGAACCUUCAGAAUUACAUCCCAGAAAACCACACAGGCAUAACUGAUCAUACACAGCCUCAAGCAAUGCCCAAAAAUAUCAAGUCAGACACAGCUUGUCAGAACUCACACGUGUACAUGUACACACAUGCAGUCCCCUCCACCGUAUCUCCCAAGUUCCAUGAAUACACACCGACUCUCCAAAAUGUACCCCAUGUCUCACUUGCCACUGAUCCCAGUCCCCUAGCCCCAAGCCCCAAUCCAUGCCUAAGCGUGGCCCACAGAAGAACUUCUCUUUUAUUUGGGAUCCAAGGCCCCUAGCCCCCAGUGCCCAUCCAAUAAACUGUGGUUGAGCUA